GGUCCUCCGCAACAAGCACGGCACGACCAGUCGUCCGGUCGCGCGUUCUUCUAUCAACAUCGAAGAGUUUGUUGUGCGUUAGUUGUGUGUUUAGUGAUGUUUUUCACAUUUUGGACGGUGUUUGUGACGGAAAUUCUUCUUUGUGCGGUGGAAUGUGACCGAGGAUUGUGCGGUGUGUCUUCAAGACCCUAGAUUAUGGUUGAGAACGACUGUGCGUUGGACUCUCCAGUCGCAAUGAAAUUGGAGGAAUGGCUGAACGUUGUGCAUUCAAAUGCAAACCCACCGAACGUGUGGUCAAGUAGAAGAAUUCCAGUGUUACUCGAGACCUAGAGCGGAAAGAAGCAAACAUGAAACCAAUUACGUUCGAAAAUCUGCGCCGACUGGUGGGUGGAGGUCGGAAAAAACGCGAAAAAGAAUCAUCUUUUAAACGAAGUGAUUCAUUUAAGCGAAUAUCCAUAAGAAAGAGUUACCUAGAUAGAGGCAAGAAAAAACACAUCUCGAAGUUGGAAGUGGCCACGCAAACAGUCGCCGAAGAGGAUCUCUUAAAGUUAAUCGAAACAACGAAAGUCGAUUCGUGCGUACAAGUGGACAAAUCCGACUUGAGUGGCGCCACUUACGAAACCACCAAGUGCACCAAGUCGAAGAAAAGUGAUUCGAAAAGUGGACCGGGACAAAGUGUUAUCGCGUACGGUCAGUGGUUGAAAGGCAUACGCAAAGACGACUCGGCGGUGGUGUCUGGAAUCAAGGGCUCUGAACGAACUGUUAUUUACGUCCCAGCCUCUGACGAGGUGCAGCCAAGCUCCCCUAUCAUCCAGCUGUCUUGCUCACCAGUUUUUCGGAAAAAAUCUCCCUUGUCGAAACGCAAGAGUAAACAAAGCAGUCCGACUCUGCAGCGGAAGGAAAGCAAUGACUCCGCCGUGGAGAUGUUUCCGUGGGGAGAUUCCUCCGAGGUGAAAAAAUCCCCCCUGUUUAGGAGAAAAUCCCGACAGAGUCCUGCACCUCUAAUGCCCGAUUCCGGGACAGAGGAGAUGUGUUCCUUGUCGAUAAGUUUGGGGAGGAUCUGGAUGGACGCCCCCCAAGGCAUGGCCCCGAGAAGCCUCGAAAUGCCGAAAACCUCCGGAUCGUCAGCGCCUGCACACCACUCUCUGGACAGUGCCUUGAAGGACUUACGGGACGACCCUAUCGUGAUCAACCGUCUCCAAAAGAGACCCACUCCUCCUGUUGCUCGGACAUUAUCAUCAACCAGCAACACGACAGUGUCCACCGGUCUCUUCUCGAGCAAAGAUUCCGGUUUUUCUUUUUCAACGACAGCUCCUAAAUUAAGUGAUUUCAAUUCGCACGUGCCAGUAUCUACAUCCCGUGGUUUUUUCCGGAAGAAAAAACCCAAACCGAAGCUCUCUGUCAGCAGGGACGGCUACUUCAAGCGUACAAGUGGCGCUCUAAUAGAAACUAAGCGGAGUUCAGUUCGGCGGAGAAGCAGCCGCAAGAAAAAGUCGAAAACGAAGAAAAACCGAAACUCCACCAAGACCGACCUCUAUCAAGUGGUCGUUAGCCGUCCGCCCAGGUCGUUACGUUCCUUAAAACUGGACCCCAUGAUAUUCGUUCCGCCAGAAAAGCGAAAAACUUCCGUGACCCGAAAGCAGUCAUUUAAGAUCGGAAUGCGUGAAAUAAGGAAUUUCGAUCCUCUGGAUAGUGCGAUGUAUUCGAGGAGUGUGAACGAGAGCGCCGACGAGGGGCUCUACGAGAGCCUCCCCGGGGAAUACGACGACCUCUCCGACGAGCAGCCUCUCAGUGGACGCAUAUCACGCAUCAGCCUACGCGAGGACGACUACGACUUGCCCUCUAAUGACUUCGCUCCGGUGUCGGAGGAAUCGAUCGCCAGCGAUGAGCCGAACUCUUCUUCGAGCCCUUAUAUGGUCCCCGGAGUGUCGCCCGUGCCGAGGAGGCGGCCGGUGCGCCGGAAGAAGUCAGGUUUGACGCAUAAGAAGAGUAUCACCUACGUGGUCAAGCCUAAUAUUAAGAGAGUUUCGUCGACGUUGCGCAGACCUGCCAAGAAAUUAGGUGAUAUUACACAGAAAGGAUAUGAAAAGAAGAGAACAAGACUUCUAGCUCCUUAUGUGCCUAAACAAAAUACAACCGGAAGCGGUGGAAAUGACGGAGGCAGCGGCAGCGGCGGCGGCGGUGGUGGCGGAGGCGGAGGCGGUGGCGGCGGCAAACAACACACCAGACGACGCACGCAACGGCGCGUCACUCACAAUGAGAAGAGAUAUCAUUCAGAUGUGGGUGAUGGGCAGCCCAAGGAUGCCAGGGGCGUCAGUCCUGCCACAAGGGCAAUGCGAAGGGGUAACCGUAGACUCACACGAAACGAAAGUCGCUACCAUUCAGAGGUGCGACAAGAGGCUGUUCAACAAGCACUCGCCCAGGCCAUGCAAAACAGGCACAAACCGUCGAUGCCGAUGCCGUCCAAACGCACAUCCGUUAUGGCCCGGAGCCCCGACAGAGACCAACACGAUUCCGAAUCUUCCUCCGAUGAGGACAGCAUAGUGAACGAAGAAACCAUCGAGAGCACACCGGAACGUGAGAAAGUCAAAGACCGAAACACCCCCCAAAUGUUUCCACCGCCACCACUAUCCGACACCAGCAGCACAGGAUCUCCACCACCGCUACAUCACAGGUCUCGAAUGCCACCACCGAACAACUGGGACCACAGGAAUCGCCAGGAAAUCACCGACAUCACCGACGUCAUGCAGAAUUUCCACCCAUACUCGCAACCGCCCGAUGUCACGCACAAUACGGCACAAGGCGGCCGAAGAACGGCCGCUGAUAGAGUAAACAGAUACGCUUCUUCGGCAUCUGACGACACAAUGGGGACGGGAACCGGAAGAUGGAAAGUCUCUGCUAAAAUACAACAGCUACUAAACACGCUCAAAAGGCCUAAGCGACGACCGUUGCCCGAAUUUUACGAAGAUGACGACAUCGAGUUGGAAAUCGCUGCCAAUCCCAAAGACCCCAACGCGCCCAAACCUGAAGGCGGUUGCAUGAGUCCCGCAAUCGGCGAACAACUCGUGGUACCUUCGGGCCUCCCUCGAAGUCUCGAAGCUGCGAUUACAAGAUACGGCAACGGCACGUUCAAGGCACCCGUGGCUACAGUUCUCGACCCCAACGGUAAACUAACAAACAGUUUAACUUACGGCAAGCUAUUAAGUCGCUCGCACAAAAUCGCCUACGCCCUUUUGACAAAAACCUUCAGCAAAAACGGCGACACAAGUCUCAAAUCGGGCGAUAGGGUCGCUCUAGUCUACCCCAACAACGACCCCAUCAACUUCCUCUGCGCUUUCUACGGCUGCCUUCAGGCCGGGAUUGUCCCAGUGCCCAUCGAAGUGCCCAUCACGCGCCGCGACGCCGGUUCGCUCCAAAUCGGCUUUUUGCUCGGCAGCUGCAGCGUCCAGGUGGCGCUCACAUCGGAGGCUUGUCUCAAAGGACUUCCGAAGACGACGAGCGGCGAAGUCGUUCCGUUCAAGGGCUGGCCGAAGUUGACCUGGUUCGUGACCGAACAUUUGGCGAGGACGCCCAAGGAUUGGACGCCGACACCGAGACUGACCGACGAGACGCCGGCUUAUAUCGAGUACAGCACGGACAGGGACGGGUCUGUGAUGGGGGUGACUAUAACAAGGGCGGCGAUGGUGAAACACUGUCGCAUGUUGACCAUGGCGUGCAACUACACCGAAGGGGAGAAUAUGGUCUGCGUUUUGGAUUUUAAGAGAGAAGUUGGACUGUGGCAUUCAGUAUUAACCAGCGUUUUGAACGGCAUGCAUGUCAUCUACAUACCCUACGCGCUCAUGAAGGUGAACCCGGCGAGUUGGAUGCAGAUGAUCACGAAAUAUCGGGCUUGCGUGGCUGUGGUCAAGUCCCGAGACCUCCAUUGGGGUCUUUUAGCUACCAAGGACCACAAAGACAUCAAUUUAUCGUCUCUGAGGAUGCUGUUAGUCGCCGAUGGGGCUAAUCCUUGGUCGUUGAGCUCCUGCGACCAGUUCUUGUCAGUAUUCCAGCCCAAGGGGCUUCGCCCCGACGCCAUUUGCCCUUGUGCCAGUUCUAGCGAAGUGUUGACCGUUUCGGUCCGAAGGCCGGGUCGAGGCGGCGUCAACGCCACCGGACGUGGGGUCCUCUCCAUGCAGGGCCUGAGCUACGGAGUCGUCCGAGUCGACCAAGAGAACAGCCUAACCUCCUUGACUUUGCAAGACUGCGGCCAAGUGAUGCCCGGCUGUGUGAUCGUCGUUGUCAAAAUGGAAGGCCCCACCUAUCUCUGUAAAACGGACGAAGUGGGCGAGAUUUGCGUGAAUUCGGGGGCCACCGGAACCCAAUACUGGGGGCUACAGGGCUUGAGCAACAGCACGUUCAAGGUGCAGCCGUUGGGCGCCGACGGGCAGCCGAUUUCCGACGCGGAAUACACGCGUUCGGGUCUGUUGGGCUUCCUGGGGCCCGGGGGCCUGGUGUUCGUGUGCGGGUCUCGCGACGGCUUGAUGACAGUGACGGGGCGGAAGCACAACGCUGAUGAUAUUAUAGCGACGGUGCUUGCGGUCGAGCCGAUGAAGUUUAUCUACAGAGGGCGGAUCGCCGUGUUCAGUAUAAGGGUGCUGAGGGACGAACGGAUCUGUGUGAUAGCUGAGCAAAGGCCGGAUUGUAGCGAAGAAGAGUCGUUCCAGUGGAUGUCGCGGGUUCUACAAGCUGUGGAUUCGAUUCAUCAAGUGGGGAUUUAUUGUUUGGCCCUUGUGCCGCCAAAUUUUCUGCCGAAAACGCCACUGGGAGGGAUACAUCUGUCAGAGACCAAGAAGAGAUUUAUGGAGGGGACGCUGCAUCCGGCCAAUGUGUUGAUGUGUCCACAUACGUGUGUUACGAAUUUGCCCAAGCCGAGAGAGGUGCAUACAGCAACCGACUGUGUUUCAGACGUGGGUCCGGCGUCUGUAAUCGUUGGAAAUCUCGUUCAAGGUAAUAGACUCGCUAGCGCUCAAGGUAGGGACAUGGGAGGACUAGAUGAGGAGAGCGACUCCUCCAAAAAGCAACAAUUCAUCGCCGAAAUCCUCCGCUGGAGGGCGCAGUGCACUUCAGACCACGUACUUUUCACUCUCCUCAACAGCAAAGGUGCCGUAGCGAAGGUGCUUUCUUGCUCGGAACUCCACAAGCGAGCCGAAAGAAUCGGAAAUCUCCUCAAUGAGAAAGGGAGGAUCAACACCGGUGACCACGUCGCCUUGAUCUUCCCCCCGGGUCUGGACCUAAUUUGCGCGUUCUAUGGGUGCUUGUACAUUGGCGCUGUUCCGGUGACUAUCCGACCACCCCAUCCACAAAACCUCCAAACUACUCUACCGACGGUCCGGAUGAUUGUCGACGUGUCCAAGUCUGUACUGGUGUUAUCCACGCAAGCUGUGAUCAAGUUGCUUCGGUCGAAAGAAGCGAGUAAUGUCGUGGACAUCAAGUCAUGGCCGGCGAUUUUAGAUACUGACGAUAUGCCCAAGAAGAAAUUACCGGUUGUUUAUAGGGCGCCAACGGCUGAAAUGUUGGCUUAUCUCGAUUUUAGUGUCUCGACGACAGGGAUGCUGGCCGGGAUUAAAAUGUCGCAUGCUGCAGUCACGAAUUUAUGUAGGAGUAUGAAGCUGGCAUGCGAACUUUAUCCCAGUAGGCAUAUAGCACUGUGUCUGGAUCCGUAUUGCGGACUGGGAUUUGCCUUGUGGUGCUUGAGUAGCAUAUACUCCGGCCACCACUCCAUCCUAAUCCCGCCCUCUGAGGUGGAAGUAAACCCCGCCCUUUGGCUUUCCGCCGUCAGUCAAUACAAAGUCCGCGAUACUUUCUGUUCCUAUGGCGUAAUGGAACUAUGCACCAAAGGCUUGGGCUCCUCAGUCAACCAAUUGAAAUCUCGCGGCGUAAAUCUAGCCUGCGUCCGGACCUGUGUCGUCGUCGCCGAAGAGCGGCCUCGCAUCAAUCUCACGACCAGUUUCUCGAAAUUAUUCAGCGCUCUAGGCCUGAGCCCCCGGGCCGUCUCCACCUCGUUCGGCUGUCGCGUCAACGUCGCCAUUUGCCUGCAAGGGGCUUCCAGUCCCGAACCCUCCACCGUCUACGUCGACCUCCGCGCUCUGCGUAACGACAGAGUGAGCUUGGUCGAAAGGGGCAGUCCGCACAGUCUCUGCCUAAUGGAAAGCGGGAAGUUGCUGCCGGGGGUUAAAGUGAUUAUCGCAAAUCCGGAAAGCAAAGGUCAGUGCGGGGAUUCCCAUCUGGGCGAGAUUUGGGUUCAGAGCGGGCAUAGUGCCAGUGGAUAUUUCACAAUUUAUGGAGACGAGAGCGAGUAUGGCGACCAUUUCAAUGCGAGGUUGGUUACGGGAAAUACCGGGGAGGUGUACGCCAGGACGGGCUACUUAGGCUUUUUGCGACGUACUGAAGGCACCCAAGCCACUUGUCCUAGUGAGGAAACAAUUUUGGGCAGGGAGAGUGAUACAGAGUCGCUCGGGUCAUCACAACACCUAGUCACAUCCGAUUCUCCGGAAUUGCACGAUGCUGUUUUUGUCGUGGGGGCGUUAGAUGAAACAAUUAUGCUCAGAGGGAUGAGGUAUCAUCCGAUCGAUAUAGAGAAUAGUGUGCUCAGAUGUCACAAGAAAAUUUCCGAAUGCGCCGUAUUCACUUGGACCAAUCUAUUGGUGGUCGUCGUGGAGCUGGACGGCAACGAGAGCGAGGCUCUGGACUUGGUUCCUCUCGUGACAAACACCGUACUCGAAGAACACCACUUGAUCGUAGGUGUAGUAGUGGUGGUGGACCCCGGCGUGGUCCCCAUCAAUUCGCGCGGAGAAAAGCAGCGCAUGCAUUUGCGCGACGGCUUCUUAGCUGACCAACUCGACCCCAUUUAUGUCGCUUACAAUAUGUAAAACGGUGUUUAGUAGAAAAAUUUACGAAUGUUUUAGACAUAUUUACGGAAACAUUCAGAGUUAUUGUAAGCAUAUCUGCCAUGAAUUCGUGAUUUUAUAAUUUAGUGUUUUAGAAUUUAUGUUAAGUAUUAUCAAGAAAUAUUUUGAAGAAAAUUUUUACAACUUCGAUUCGGCUCAAGUUUCUAACGACGUCUGAACAUUUUCACAGUAGGCUUAGUGAUAAUGUGUAGAUGUACAUAUUUAGCCUGCUCGGCUCUAAUGUAUAGUUUAUUGUAAUUCUAGACUGUACAGACAGGUCAGACUUUUGCUUUCACCUUGUGCAAUACGUUUCUGUCAAUCCAUCACUGUGUUUGUGAUUGUUUCGUUUUUAUUUUUCUUAUUGUGAUUAUGUUUUACUAGUUAAGUUUAUGUGUACAUAUUCGAUCCAACUAUUAUUUUAUAUUAUUUUAUGACACAACAUUAAAAAUGCGGAUAUAGUA